GUGUUUCUGCUUAGUGCCUCAGCAGGGACCAGGACGAGAUGCAGAACGACGCCGGGGAGUUCGUGGACCUUUAUGUCCCUCGGAAAUGCUCUGCUAGCAACCGAAUCAUUGGUGCUAAGGAUCAUGCUUCCAUUCAGAUAAACAUUUCUGAGGUUGACAAGGUGACAGGCAGAGUGAACGGCCAGUUCAAGACUUACGCCAUCUGCGGCCCAAUCCGGAGAAUGGGUGAAUCAGAUGACUCCAUUUUGCGUCUGGCAAAAAACGAUGGAAUUGUUUCCAAGAACUUUUAACUGAAGAAACUCCGGUAUGGAACAUGUGAAAUAAACAGUUCAAAACUA